AUGAGCAGUGAUACAAAUCAAAGCAAUUCAGCUAUACCAAAUAAGGGUAGCAAAACAAAUUUCUUAAACAGUCAAAAUAUUUUAGGUAUAGAAAGUUUUUCACAAAUUAAUAUUACGAGUACGAUACCAAACUCAGCACAGUCCACCAAUGCUAAUCCUUCAAAAGACAGUCAUGCAAACACUACAAUAACAAAAGAUCAGGAAGAAAUUGAAGAAACACAGAGUUCAAUUAUAAUUCCACAACCUACAAACGUUGUAAAUAAAAGCAACCCAGAAAAGACUAAACAGAAAACAGGUAUUGCAAAUAUCGCAGAUGUAGGGUACAUACCGAAAGAAAAUGAAGAUGCAAGCGAAUUAACAUUGACAAUACCUACAGAACUAAAGUCACAGAUAAAUACAGAUCAAAAUGAUGUAGUAUCUAUUAACAGUGCCCCUGAAUCGUCAGAUACACACCCAACUGAAGAACGUAAUGAAAAUUCCAAAUCAAAACAAAGGGAAUCUUCAUUUACAGUUAAUUCUAGGCCAACAAGUAGUGAACCAAUGAGUAUAGCAGAUAUACAACCCCCAAAUGGAAUUAUAUUACAAGAGCCAUUUGCAAAUAAUGACAAAGAUACUGAUACUUUGAAGAUGAAACAAUCCGAUAUGCCUCUUAAAAUCCCAAGUAUCGAUAUGAUUACCAAGAUAGAUGAAAACUUUCAAACUAUGAAUAGAAGAUGUAGAACAAUUGAAGAAGAAUUAUUAAAGAGUAAUACAACCAUAUCUGAAAGUUUAAACAGUAUUUCUGAGCUAAUGCAGAAAUUUUUUAAGAAUCAAGAAAUUUUAAAAAUGGAAUUGGCAACCAUAAAAAAAUCUCAAUUAAAAAUCGAUGUCAAGAAUGUCAAACAUAUUUCAAAUAAAAUUAGACGAGAGAGACUGAUUGGUUAUGAAGAUGAUGUCGAAUAUGAAAUUAUAUCAAGGAAUUUACUUAGGGAGAGACCUACUUCAUCUUCUAGGACAGAAGAUGAUCAUAAGAGAAGGAAACUUUCCCCUAAUGAACAACGUCGAAAAAACAAAUCUAAACAGGUAAAACCUGAAAAACCAGUUAAACCUGUAAAACCUACUAAAAUGCAAAGAAUUGCAGAUGAAGUCUUUCAAAAGUCACACCCUGAAAUAGCAGAACCUUUAGAUUCCAAUAAACAGCAUGUAGAAUCCACCGAACAAACGAAGAUCAAAGUCAAUCCGAUAUCUCCAAUAAUAAUUAAUAAUGGAUCCACCAAUAUUCCUACAACUGCUCCUAAUGCCAUUUCUAAUAUGACAUAUAAUUCUGGACCUGAUAAGAAUUCUGUAAUCUACCAACAUGAUCCUUCUGCGCUUAAUUUCAGACGUACAAACGAUUUGUAUUCGAAUCCAGCUUCAAGUCUUGUAAAUCUUAGUGCAUCUCCUGAAUUUAGUAAACAACUAAGCUCAGUUACGAAGAAAUCUACUAAUCAUAUAAUAGAAAUGAACCGGCCCGCUAGAAUUCUUGGUGCACCCCAUACAUUAGGAGCAACGUCAACCUCACAAGUUAUUCCAAUUCCAGCCUCGAAUCCUCAGUCUAAAAUCAAACAGGAAGAAACUCCACUGUCUCUACCUAAUCCAGCCACUGUUCGUGAUAUCCCAGACAAUUAUGACAACAUGCAUAAUGACACCAUGGUUGACACAGAAUAUGACAUUCCUGAAAGUAAUAAUGAUGUUCAGGAUAGUCGUGUGGAGACAAAUCCAAUCAAAGAAUCGACCGGUCAACCUGAGUUACAGUCUGAGCCUGAGCCCGAGGUAGGACUUGAACUUGAACCUGAGCCUGAAUCUGUCGAAGAAAUUAGAAAACCUAAAGUAAAGAAUUUUAAAUUAACGUUGGCAGGUAAACAAAAAAGAACAAUACAGUUGUAUGUUGUGGAUGACGUCCUCUACACCGGUGAUUCUCCGUACUCUGCCAUAAGUCUAGUCUAUUUUGUUGAUUUGAAAUAUAGCGAGAUACGUAGGACACGAGAAACUACAAGCAUAAACUACACAUUUGGUUUCCCUCAUAUGUUAAUCGAUGAAGGUGAUAAGGCGAUGGAAAUCUUAGGAAUGAAUUUAAUGACACCUGAAUAUCUUCAGAGUGUAGAAUACUUUCUCGGUGAUUUCCUACAAGCAUGCCAUUUGGUUGAUGAUAAAUUAAAUCCCGGAUGUACUACAGAUAUAUGGAGAAGAUACCGUAAUUUGUUUCUAUUAUUAAUGAAUUGGCGUCAAUUAGCAAGAGAAAAACGUGGAUUUAGAAGGUAUACUAUACUUCACGCAGUUAAGGAAAUGGAAAAUUUUAGGUUACAUGUUAACCCUAGGGAUUCGGCCACCACAGAACCAUAUGGACUUAAUAAAAUAAAUCAAAGAAAGAUUUGCGAGUCUGGUGCAGUAAGGGGUUGGAUGUAUCAAGUAGAAACAACACUUCCCGUUAUUGGGCAAAAUGGCAUAAACGAAUCAAAUAUUAAUAACGCGUUGGAUGCAUUAUUGAAACCACCACCUAACAACCCUGCUUUUGUACCUUACGCAUUAGUGAAGGCACCUCAAGGUGUUGAGGUUGUAUGA